GAUGUUUUUCCGACAAUCCUAUUUUACACUCGCUUUUCACGCGCUGUGUUUUUGUUUUACUGUACAAAAUAUUUUGACAAAGUAAUUUCUUAUGGCUAGCACGUCGAAAAAAGUCAGGAAAAAUGAAGAAUUCCCUACUGACUGGGAUAUUGACCAAUAUCGUGCUGAUCAUGAAAGUGAGGAGCAUUGGCAAAUGAGACGACACUUCAUGGAGCUACAUAAGGAUAAAUUUCCCGAGGAACGACUUGUUUGCCUCGCUGCGGUUUUUACCAACAUGGAAUUCAUGGGUUGCAAAUAUCCAUCAGAAACUAUGCGACUGGUUGCAGAGCUUUCGAAGGAAGUUGUGAAAGAUUAUAGAAAAAGUCGGGAAACGCGACUUAAGCGCACAUUUGUAGCAGCUUCAGUAGCGGCUGAGGCACGCGUUAAAGCUAGGUCGGGUGGACAUUCGGGACAACAACAGCAAAACAGCAUUUCAAAUAAUUCUCGUAACCAGAAUAAAACUGGUAAUGAUCUUUUUGAAGGCCUAACAUACGGUAAAUUUAUACUGUUCCUUAAUGGGGGACGAAAUUGCUUACGCACCUCCGCCCAAAAAUGUAAUAUGGAGUAUGAAGAAAAAGAAAUUGACGGGCCAAAUACGAGAAAGGAAAUUAAGGUUUUCUUAAAUGGCAAGCUAGUGACAAAAGCUUCUGAGGAAAAUUUGAAAGCCACCAAGUUACAGGCUUUCAGCAAUGCUCUAGAUGUUCUUCAAAAGAAAUGCUAUUCCAUUAAACCAAAUCCAUUGCAAGAUGCUAUAAAGAUAAAUAAAACCAAUAAUCAAGUUGUUUGCGGAGUAGUUAAACAACAAGCGGAUAAUGCGGAGGACAAAAAGCUAGAUUCUUCUAAUAAAGGCUAUAAAAUGAUGAAACUAAUGGGAUGGACUGGUGGUGGCUUGGGAUCAAAAACACAAGGCCGAGAGGAGCCCGUUGGAUACUUACUGAAAAACAACCGCGCUGGUCUUGGUAACCAAUCUUGUAAAUUGGAUCGUAACUAUUUUAGGCAGAUAUUGAAAAACUAUGUUGACUCAGAAGAUAUACGGGAGCUACAAUUUGAGUCAACUUUUACCAAAGAAGAACGAGCAAUGUUACACGAGAUCGCAGGUAAAUUUAAUUUGAAAUCAACCAGCUAUGGAAAAGAUGAAGAGCGCCGUUUAGUCAUUUCAAAAAAGACAAUUACUUAUGAAAAAAUUCUUAAUGAAAUUUUGCUAAAAAAGAAUCCCAACUAUAUUGACAAAUAUUUUAUACAAGUUCCAGAGUCGAAAGCUCGUUUCUACCCUGAACACUCAGAAAAAAUUGAACUAGACUUGUAAUGUAUUUAUGUUAUGUACGAUGUCCCGAAAACGCCCCACUAAAAAUAUAUGGUAGUAAGCAUUUUUACAUUAAACUUAGUAUUUGUUAUAAA